AUUUUAGGUACUUCACAUUGAAUUUGGUGUUGAUUGAGUACCAUUCCAAAAAAUUAACAGCCAAAAAUGUUGCAACAAUGCAACAUAUCUCGAUUUUGUUAACUGAAACCGAAAUCAAAAGAGCUGGUUAAACCGAAAUCAGGUUCUGGGUCCUAUUCAGGUUAGACAUUUUGCUCACCCUACCUGUAAGGAGUACACUUACCUUUGAACAUCUAGAAAAAAAAAUGGCGCUUCUUCUUCAACCCAGUACCACCUUCCCUUCUUCACCCACCACCCAAUUUCCAGCCUUGUACAAAAUCCAUAAAUCAACAUGUUUGAAGCCUCCACAUGCAUUCUCUUGCUCCAAUUCUUAUCUCCCAACCAACAAGUGCAGUUUAAGAGGCCAUAUACAAGUGUCAUGAUAGUGCCGACGGGGGUUGGAGCUGCCAUUGGCGGUUACGCUGGUGAUGCUUUGCCGGUGGCGCGUGCACUUGCGUCUGUGGUUGAUUGCCUCAUCUCUCACCCUAAUGUCCUUAAUGCAGCCAUGCUUUACUGGCCCAUACCAAAUGCACUAUAUGUGGAAGGUUAUGCUCUGGAUCAGUUUGCUGAAGGCUUAUGGGCACUUGAGCCAGUUCACCAAAAUAAGGUUGGAUUGGUUCUGGAUGCUGGCAUAGAAACGGAACUCCGCAUGCGACAUUUGCAGGUUGCAGAUGCUGCAAGAGCUUCUCUUGGGCUGCCUGUCCUAGAAUAUACUGUCACUGACAGGACUCUUGAGGUGGAGAAAUGGAUUGAUCCAAAGACUGGGCAAUCAACUGGGAGGAUUAAGCAUCCUGACUCACUGCUAAGAGCUGUACAGAGCUUGGUAGAUCGAUCACAAGUGAAUGCUGUUGCUGUUAUUGGCCGGUUUCCCGAUGAUGAUGAAGACAGCAUGCAUGAUUAUCGUCUAGGAAUUGGCGUUGAUGCCUUGGCAGGAGUAGAGGCUAUUAUAAGUCACCUAGUUGUGAAAGAAUUCCGAAUUCCUUGUGCACAUGCUCCGGCUCUGUUACCCGUCCCAUUAAACCAAUCACUCUCUCCCAAAUCAGCUGCUGAAGAGAUUGGGUACACAUUCUUGCCAUGUGUGCUCGCUGGGCUUAGUAAUGCACCACAGUAUCUGGUUACUGGUUCAAAUGUAAUGGAGAAAGGCUGCAUUUUUGCAAAUGAUGUUGAUAGUGUCAUCCUUCCAAUUGAUGCUUGUGCAGGAAAUGGUGUCCUUUCGUUUGCAAAAAUGAAAAGAAACAAGCCUCUUAUAAUUGCUGUUGAAGAGAAUACAACUGUUCUCAGUGACACACCUGACAAGCUUCAUAUUGAAACGGUGAAUGUUUCAAAUUACUGGGAAGCUAUAGGAGUUAUUGCAGCUCACAAGGCCGGAAUCGAUCCAAAUUCUCUUCGGAAAAACAGGAUUAACAACAUCCCUUGCAGAUCCUCCUUGUCACUGAAUGGUUCUGUUGUCCAUGCUUGAUUAUUCUCUCAUCUAUCUGCUGUUUUCUGUCCCACACCUGCUCUCCUUUCCCUCAAAAGGGGUUUUGAUCCUCAUAUAUGGCUGAAUCCCUUACCAGAUACUCCAGCAAAAAUGACAGUUACUCAUAGCAAACAUCUGUAAGUGGCGUCAAUCUUUCAAAGGACAGUUAUUCAUGGUUAUGCUGGGGAAAGUAUGUCCUUUUUGGAUGCGGCAAUGUUGAAAAGAGCAAACCUUGAACGUCGUCCUACUGUAGUUUGUAUUUAGCAUCAGUGGAUGUGUUUUUGUCAGCCAAUCUCUUCCCUGGUAAAGGCUAUGGUUGUUACUUGUAUAGAGGUAUAGUAUUAGGUUGAUUGUACUCAGGUAUUAAAACAACAAAUCUGUGUAAUAGCAGAGAUUUAAUUUCAUUGCACAUGGAUUGUGAAUA